AUGUCUGUUCCGCUUCGUCGUACCGUUCUGCACAGUCUUCACCUGAGCCGCAAGGCUCGCAUGGGUCCCUUUGCUGGCUACGACAUGCCCAUUCACUACCAGCCUGGAGUCGUGCAGGAGCACCUGCACACACGCCAGGCCGCCGGUCUCUUUGACGUAUCGCACGUUGGGUUCUUUGAGGUGUGGGGUGCGGAUCGCCACAAGUUUUUCGAGUGGGUAACGCCGAGCGGUGUGACGGAGCUGCAGGAUGGACAGUCCGCUCUGACGCUGUUCAUGAAUGAGUCGGGCGGUGUGAAGGACGACUGUAUCGUUUCCAAGUAUUCCGAUCACCUCCUUGCUGUUAUCAAUGCGGGGUGCAAAGGGAAGAUAAUAACGCACCUGAAGGAUAGACUCGCGGAGUUCAAGGGUGACGCCACACUUGUUGAACUCGACCGCGCCAUGGUGUCACUGCAGGGGCCCAAGGCGGCAUCUGUCAUGGCUCCCUUUGUGGAGGAACUUGACAGGGUGAAGUUCAUGUGGGGACGUCGCAGCGUCUGCGUGAAGGGGAUAGAUAUUACGCUGACACGCUGCAGUUACUCGGGGGAGGACGGCUUUGACAUCAUUGUGCCCAUUCAAGAUGCCGUGCAGUUUGUUGAACUUCUUCUACAGAACCCUGACGUACAACUUGCCGGCCUUGGGGCGAGAGACAGCCUGAGAACGGAGGCAGGGCUUUGUCUUUACUCGCACGAACUCUCGGAGGAAGUUAACCCGGUUGCUGCACGACUCAUGUGGUGCAUCCCAAAGCGCCGCAUGGCGGAGGGAGGCUUUAUUGGCCACGAGCGCCUUCAGACAUUUGUGCAGCGCGCGAAGGAGCUUGUGCCGCGCUUGCGUAUGGGAAUCCUUUCUGUCGCGAGGGGACCAGUGGCGCGUACAGGGAUGCCGAUCCUCGUCGGUGAUGUCGUGGUCGGGGAGGUGACGAGCGGCGUGCCGUCACCAACGCUCUCACGCAACAUUGCGAUAGGGUACAUCGAUCGCGCGAAGGCCCGGGCGGGGGAAACGGUGGAGUUGGAAGUGCGGGGGAAGCGGCUGCCGGGCGAGGUCACGUUGCCGCGCUUCGUUCCGCAGCGGUACUACAAGGGAUGA